CCCUCUCAGUCUCUCUCUCCCCCUCAGGUCUUCCCCCUCAGGUCUCUCCCCCCUCAGUCUCUCUCUCCCCCCUCAGUCUCUCUCUCCCCCCUCAGUCUCUCUCUCCCCCCUCAGUCUCUCCCCCCUCAGUCCUAUGGCCCUGCCCCGGCUCCUGCCCCGACUCCUGCCCCGGGCCCUGCCCCGGGCCCUGCACCGGGCGGCACCGGCAGCUCCAGACUUCAACAGCUUUGUCACUCGGACCAACACUUGUGGGGAGCUGCGUUCUGCUCAUGUGGGGCAAGAGGUCACACUGUAUGGAUGGAUUCAGUAUCAAAGACAAGGCCUGUUCCUGGUUUUGAGGGAUUUCCAGGGACUGACCCAGAUCAUCAUUCCCCAGGAUGAGGCACAUUCCCAUGUGAAGAAGCUCUUGUCUAAUGCCCCAGUGGAGUCCGUUGUGCGAGUGACUGGAGUUGUGUCCCCUCGGCCCCCAGGGCAGGAGAAUCCGAAAAUGCCUACAGGGGAUAUUGAAGUGAAGGCAGAGACUGCAGAGAUCCUAAACUCUUGCAAGAAGCUACCUUUUGAAAUCAAGGAUUUUAUCAAGAAAUCAGAGGCCUUACGGAUGCAGUAUCGCUACUUGGACUUGAGAAGCUUCCAGCUGCAGCACAACCUGAGGCUGAGGUCACAGAUGGUGAUGAGGAUGAGGGAAUAUCUGUGUAACCUCCAUGGGUUUGUGGAUGUGGAAACUCCCACCCUCUUCAAGAGAACCCCAGGGGGAGCAAAAGAAUUCCUUGUGCCCUCGAGGGAAACAGGCAAGUUCUACUCUCUGCCUCAGAGUCCUCAGCAGUUCAAGCAGCUCCUCAUGGUUGGAGGCCUGGACAGGUACUUCCAGGUUGCUCGCUGCUACCGAGAUGAAGGUUCCCGGCCUGACAGGCAGCCUGAAUUCACCCAGAUAGAUAUAGAGAUGUCAUUUGUAGAUCAAGGUGGGAUCCAGAGACUCAUAGAGGGCCUCCUGCAAUAUUCGUGGCCUGAGGGAAGAGGCUCUAUUACAACUCCCUUCCCUUCCAUGACAUAUGAGGAGGCACUGGCUGAGUAUGGGAGUGAUAAACCAGACACUCGUUUUGGGAUGAAGAUAGUGGAUAUUGGUGACUUGCUAAGAAGGUCAGACAUCCAGUUUGUGCAGAAGGCACUCAGUUACCCACGUGGUGCUGUCAAGGCCUUUUGUAUCCCUCAGGGAGUGAGAUAUCUUAAAAAUAAAGAUUUGGAGUCCUUAAAGGAGUCUGCAAAAUCCCAGUUUAACCAGGAAAUCAUGGAAAUUACCUGCAGACCUGAUGGAAGCUUGAAGUCUCUGCUUACAAAGUUUCUUGGUGAGAAGCAGCAGUCUGAGCUCAUCCAAGCACUGAACAUGCAGGUGGAUGAUGUGGUGCUGCUGGCAGCUGGUGAACACAAGCAAGUGUGCUCUGCUUUAGGAAGCCUGAGGUUGGAGAGUGCUGAUCUCCUUGAGGCAGCUGGGCUGGUACUUCGUGAUCCUGCAGCUUUUCACUUCCUGUGGGUGGUGGAUUUCCCCCUUUUCCUUCCAAGGGAAGAAAAUCCCACUCAACUGGAAUCUGCUCAUCACCCCUUCACUGCCCCUCAUCCUUCAGAUACCAGCCUCCUCUAUUCAGAUCCUGCAAAGGCCCGUAGCCAACACUAUGACCUUGUGCUGAAUGGCAGUGAAGUUGGAGGUGGCUCCAUCAGAAUUCAUAGUGCAGAACUGCAGCGUUUUGUGCUGGAGAAUGUGCUGAAGGAGGAUUCUGAGGUGCUUUCCCACCUGCUUGAGGCUUUGGAGUUUGGAGCUCCACCUCAUGGAGGAAUCGCUUUAGGACUUGACAGGCUGAUCUCUCUCAUCGUUGACGCUCCGAGUAUCCGAGAUGUCAUUGCCUUUCCUAAAUCCUUCAGGGGACGGGACCUGAUGGGCAAUGCUCCAGACUAUGUCACUCCAGAAGAACUAGAGCCAUAUCACAUCCAGGUUUCCUGGCCACUUGCAGAAAAAGAGGCAAAACAAAACUGUCUUAAAGCCAGUGAUGUCUGCUGAUCUGUUUAACCAGAGGUAGUUACAGCCUCUUAAGUAGAAGAAUUCAGUUCAGGAAACAUCAGCUGUUAUGAGAGGGUGGGGGACACUGCAGCACCACUGUGCUGUGGCAGCUUCAGGACUGAAUGGACUCCCCAAGAGAAAUUCACCUUUGGAUUGGUAAUGGAAAGGAGGAGUAGAGAAGCAAAAGGAAAGAACAUAAUUUUAGCCUAGGAUAUUUAGAAUGUUGGCUUCGGGGUGUCAUGCUGGACUGGCGAUGGGAUCUCAUUUUUUUUCCAUGCCCUUUGUAAAUUAUUUCUCCUCCCAUUUCCAGGAGUUAGUAUGAGCUUCCCUGGCAGAUGGUUUGUAUUCCUGAUGAUCAUUGAAACUUCUAGCUGCGGACUGUUACAGAAGGGCAGUGCUGUGCAGGGCCAAGGUCUCUGGAUGCUUCACAGCAACACUUCAUGCAACCAGCAGCUUGUAGCAUGUUGGAGGAUACAAUAUUAUCCAGAACUUGCCAUGGGGGCUUUAAAGAGGGGAAGAGAAGUGUUUUUGUAAUUUGAAACAGUUGUGCUCAUAAUGCUCAUCAAAGAGGUGAUGAUCUGUCUUUGGGGCUUGUGGUCCUGGUGCUUUUCAGCACACUAAGUCUAAAGUUUGUGUGUUUGUAAAUAAAGUUUAUCUGGCAAAGUG